CUCUGUGAGCUCGAGCCUCUCUUCCCUCUCUCUGCCUUCACGAGUUCUCCUCCCGAAACCUGCGCGAGGCGGCCACUGAAGCGCGAGGCGAUUCCCCCCCUCUCCCCUGCACUUGAGUCAACAUGGCUACAGUUGUAACCUCGACCAGAUUCACAGACGAAUAUCAGCUGUAUGAGGAACUCGGAAAGGGUGCCUUCUCAGUCGUCCGCCGAUGCGUCAAGAAGUCCACCGGCCAGGAGUAUGCUGCUAAAAUUAUCAACACAAAAAAGCUCUCAGCCAGAGAUCACCAGAAAUUGGAGCGUGAGGCAAGAAUCUGUCGUCUGCUGAAACAUCCAAACAUAGUCCGCCUCCAUGACAGCAUCUCGGAGGAAGGAUUCCAUUACCUUGUCUUUGACCUCGUCACUGGGGGAGAGCUGUUUGAGGACAUCGUUGCUAGAGAGUAUUACAGCGAGGCAGAUGCCAGCCACUGCAUCAAUCAGAUCCUGGAGAGCGUCAGUCACAUCCACCAGCAUGACAUUGUGCACAGGGACCUCAAGCCAGAGAAUCUGCUCCUGGCCAGUAAGAUGAAGGGAGCAGCGGUGAAGCUUGCAGAUUUCGGUCUCGCCAUCGAGGUGCAGGGGGACCAACAGGCAUGGUUCGGUUUCGCAGGAACUCCAGGGUAUCUGUCCCCAGAGGUGUUGAGAAAGGACCCGUACGGCAAACCAGUGGACAUUUGGGCAUGUGGUGUGAUCCUGUACAUCUUGUUGGUGGGCUACCCUCCCUUCUGGGACGAGGACCAACACAAACUGUACCAACAAAUCAAGGCUGGCGCAUAUGAUUUUCCCUCUCCAGAGUGGGACACAGUGACCCCCGAGGCCAAGAAUCUGAUCAAUCAGAUGUUAACGAUUAACCCUGCCAAAAGGAUCACUGCCGACCAGGCCCUCAAGCAUCCCUGGGUCUGCCAACGUUCCACUGUGGCCUCCAUGAUGCAUCGCCAAGAGACUGUGGAGUGUCUGCGCAAGUUCAACGCCAGGAGGAAACUCAAAGGAGCGAUCCUCACAACGAUGCUGGUGUCCAGGAACUUUUCAGUGGGACGGCAGCAUACCAGCCCUGCCGCUACCACCAGCACGGCCGCAAUGGCACAGGAAGCUUGCAAAACCUUACUAAACAAAAAGUCGGAUGGUGUGAAGUCGCAGGGAACCAACAGUAAAAACAGUGUAGUAAGCAGCAGCAGCACCAAAGACAGCAGCAUGUCAUCUUCAGCACCAAUGGAAGCCCAGACAACUGUUGUACACAACCCAGCUGACGGCACCAAGGGCUCCACAGAGAGCUGUAACAACACAGAAGAGGAGGAGAUGAAAGGUAGGAAAGCUCGUAAACAGGAGAUAAUAAAGAUGACGGAGCAGCUGAUUGAAGCCAUUAACAACGGGGAUUUUGAGGCUUACACGAGAAUCUGUGACCCUGGACUGACUUCUUUUGAGCCAGAGGCUCUUGGAAACCUGGUGGAGGGCAUGGACUUCCACAAGUUCUACUUUGAGAACCUGUUGAGUAAAAACAGCAAGCCAGUGCACACCACCAUCCUCAAUCCUCACGUCCAUCUGAUCGGCGAGGAUGCUGCCUGCAUCGCCUACAUCCGCCUGACGCAGUACAUGGACAGCCAGGGCCGGCCGCGCUCCUGCCAGUCAGAGGAGACGCGUGUGUGGCAUCGCCGCGAUGCCAAAUGGCUCAACGUGCACUUCCACUGCUCAGGAGCACCGGCUGCACCCCUGCAGUGAACAGACAACCCAGGCCCAGGUAAGCUUUGCCUGAACUCUAAAGCUGUUUGGAGCAUUUAUCCUCCGUGGUCGGAUUGGUGCCUGGAUCCUGGCCGGGAAGAGGCUGCUUGGAAAGUUGUAAAAACAAAAAAGAGGGGAAAAUACAUUAUAAAUUAAAAAGAAAAAUAAACAAACAAAAAAUGCAUAUUUCAAAGGCUUGACUGAAUUACCGACCACACCGACCAACACCAAUCCAGUCCAACCCUAGCUAGGUGAUGUUGGGGCCCGGCUGACGUCAGCCCCUUCUUGCAGAUGGUGCAUGUUUCUGGUGGCGACACGGGGGCGAUGCUGUCCUGGUCCUUGUCUCCCAUGGCCUUUAUUUCCCUGUCUUUGUUUUGUCUCCUGUCUGGAAAAGUAUUAAACCUGUUAAAAAUAUAUAUUUAACAACAGAAUAACAUUUCACAUACAUAGUAAUUAGAAAUUGGGUGGAAAGUAGAUUAUCUGGAAAAAUAUUUUGUGUUGUUUUGAGAGAGCAGCAGAACGUCGACUUUAAUAGAAGUUUGUUUUACGGUUAACAGGUAUAUGUGGGUUGGGUUUAUGGGAACGGGAGCAACUAAUAUCUACUUAAUAUCAGAGUUUAACAUUUAAGUGUCAGGUUUGAGUACACACACAAUGUUUUAAAGGGUUUAGGCGUUGUGAUUGGUUAUUGAAGGGACCUUUAUUUUUAUUUUGUGUUUUUGUAUUAUGUGUUAUUAAGCUGUUUUUACCUGAAUGAUGUAUUUUAAAGUAUUUUGUGUUGAAAAAGGAUCAUUUUUAAUUGAAGGGGGAUUUUAUUUAAUAGAAUUAUGUAUAAAUAGAUAUUUAUAUAGGAGAAAAGGGGAAACAUGAUUUACUUUCAGGGUGUUGGGAGGAGAGUUGAGCAUGAGUGGGUGUUUUUUUUUUUGUUUUCUGCUUUGAGGUCCCGAGUUGUAAAUACAAAAACACACGUGCUCACACACCAUGCAUGCACACACACACUUUCAAGGUCCCUGUGCUCCAGCCUUUAGGGUCGAGCCUCUCUUGAGCUUUAGACACAACAGACGUCCAGGCCAGCUCAUCCUGAAGUUGCAGAAGGCCUCCGCGCUGCAUUGUUUGGAGUCGAACACUGAGAGGCGCCAUCAGUUAAUGUCUAAAGCUCCUCACAUUUCUGAACUACCUAAUCUGAAAGCUCAGACGCUCUCUUGCGCCAACUUUUUACUUUUCUGUCGUGUGUUUUUGACGUGAAGCAUGAAACAUUUGAACUGUCAUAUGGCCUGUACUGUUUUUGCACAGACACUUGAGACUCGAUGCUGUUGCGUUCGCUCUUUUGAGGGAGUGAACCUUUCUGCAACUUCAGGUUAUGCUCGCCAAAAUCCCUUCCGUCCGCCCUACCUCUGCCCUUCUACUUCCAUCAUUCCUGCUCUACAUCCAUCGCUAACGAGCCCCAUUACUGUCCUAGUAGCGCCACGCCGUGUGAUGAUGAUGUCACCUUUAUGCCUGUCUCUUGUUCUGAUUGUGUUCUUAAAAUUUGUGUGUUGUCCGUCUUGGCUUGCUGUACUUCUGUGUGAAGUCCUGGCACUAUUUUAAAAAAAAAGCAUGUUAAAAAGGGAAUGCGGCCGAGGUAUUGGACAAAAAAAAGGCAUGAUGGGAAGAGGGCUAUGCCGGCUGGAGGGCCGAGGGACCUUUGCUGAUGGCAAUCAAUGUAUUUGGUCCCUUUUGUCACCGUUUCUGUUGUAAAUGUUGUAGUUGUUAGUGUUUUGAUGUUGAUAUUUUUAUCACUUGUUUUAGCCAGAACUAUAUAAAAAAUUAAGGGUUGAAAUGAGAGGAGGCCGAGACUGCCACAACCCUUUUUUACUGUCCCUGUUUCCCCUCACACACUGAUUAAUACACACACUGAAUGCUGAAAUCUUCACAAAAAACACUUAACACACUCCUAAUUAUAUUGGAACUCAGAUCAUCAUAAAAGCACAUGAGAUUCUCCUUUUAAAGAGGACAAAACAUAUCUGUGUGUCAGUGGUUGAACUUUGCAGCACUGUUUUUUCACUGUGUCGUAGAAACUUUGUGAGUGUGUGUGACUUCGUACCAGCGGAGGGGUGUUCCGUCUCUGUGCUACGCUGCUCCGUAGUAACUCAUGCUCGACUUAGGCUGUUGCUCAUGAUGAUGCUACAAAUCAUCACAUACAGUGUCUAUGUGCGUACUCUGACACAGUCAAACAAUUUUAAAAAAGAAAAGAAAUCAUAUGUGAGACCUGUCCUACUGUAUCAACCGCCUGUGCUUCUUUCUGAGUGCUGUGACAUAUCUGACAUGCCAUGAAAACUGUGUCCCCCAAACACACACACAAACACACACUCUUUUUGCACCACGACGACAAUGCGUUGUAAAAUCAUUACUGAAACUAUGUGAUGUUUUUUAUGGCUCUAAGUAGAUCUGUUUGUGCUGUGGGCACCGGCCCAGUUGUCUGUUGAUGCCACCGAUCUGACAAGAUGCUUUUCUUUCGUUGUGUAUUUCCACAGUCAUGGGGAUGUUUAAAUGUUACAGAUCAUCUACAAGAAGGAAAAAACUGAUAUGAUGAAACAGUUAGCUGCACAGUCAGUUUGCCGAAGUAUUUGGACAGCUGGAUCGAGUUGAAAUUUGCAUUUUUGAUUGAUUGAUAUGAAGCCAAAAUAGACCUUCACAGCAGACAUUUGACACACAAAAGCACAGGUGUAAACAACAUAAAUAAAAGCUGCAUCACAUGCAUAUGGCUUUCACACAAAAAAUAUGUUUUUCCUGUUAUCUAUAGUGCUAUCUAUUAAUUUAGAUAGUUUUGGUGUGAGUUGCAGAGUGUUGUAGAUAUCGACCUUAC